GUGCACGGAUGUGGGUGCACUCGUGUGCUUCUAGUGCAAGCGCUUACUCCUCACACACACACACACACACACUCGCACUUGUCAGCACUUGCUUAUCAGAGUGCAAACCGAGACAUGGCUGCGAACCGGGUGGGAAGACGGUAUAACAGCAAAGUGCACUCACCGAGCAGAGGCUCAGGCCGGGAAUCAGGACUGAGUGUGCAGAAGAGACAAGCCCGAGUUACAGUGAAAUAUAACAGAAAGGAGCUACAGAGGCGUCUGGAUGUAGAGAAGUGGAUAGAUGCCGGACUAGACGAGCUCUACUUGGGAAGGGAGGAGCACAUGCCUGAGGAGGUGAAUAUUGAUGAGCUUUUGGACCUGCAGAGUGAUGAGGAGAGGACCAAAAGGCUCCAGGAUAUUCUCCAUUCCUGUAAUACUAACACAGAAGUAUUUAUUAAGGAGCUGGUCCUGAAGCUUCACGGGCUGCAGAAACAGGAAGACCUCCAUAAUGAUGGCAUCGAACAUCCUCAGCUCCACAUCUUCCCUAACCGCCAAAACUCUGCCAAUUCUGAAAUACUUUAAGAUGCACUGUCAGCACUUCCUGCUUGUAUGGACAGACCUUUUCCUGUUUAAUCCCGCCACUGACCCUCCACUGUUUCGUUUUUGUGUCGUAAUUUCAACACAGACUGCAACUGAAAUGCAUGCAGAGCAUCCUGAUGGAGCAAACACUCAGCACUCAACCUUGUAAAACCGCGUACAAAACACACACACAAGCAUCUAUUUAUUGACUUUUGUAACAUGACCAUUAAUGCUUGGUUGUAUAAGUUUCACAAGUAUUUAAGAAUGAGCUUUUUUAUUUCUAUGAACAGUGUUUUAGUACGUUUCGAAGAUUUUAAAUGACUUGUACACAUUUUCUUCAUCUGCUCCCUGUGUGAAUUGUGAGACUUUUCCGCUUCUUGUGGUAACCUUUGCAGUUUUUUAUGCCAUGUGGGACCAUUUUGUAGACUCAAAUUAUAUCAGCUGAGAACUUGGAAUUAUAGGUGUCUUAUUUUUGAUGCAUAAAUAAGGCAUUGGUAAUUACAUGCAAAAGGAUAUACCGCAUGUAUGUAAGAAGGCUUCACACUUUACAGCUCUCCAUCUAAAAAUGAGCGAAAUGUUAUAUAGACCCAUAUAAUUCCAAGCUCUUGAAUGACUCAUAAAUAGUAACUCUGUGCUCACCUGAGAUCUAGACUCGAAAGAAAACUGAUGUGAAAGUGGAGGCUCGAUUAUGGUGAUUUUACUGUGCAGGACCAAAGAAUUUUAUUUAAUUUGUCUCAUUUUAAUGUGUAUUUAAAGUCUUUAUGACUACUAUUUGUUCAUCUAAAUUGUUAUUGUUUAUUAUUAUUAUUAUUAUUAUUAUUAUUACAAUUUUGUAGUAGCCUAAUUCCAUGUACACUGGGCAGAGGUAGAGUAUGGGGCAUUGAGAAUAGCCACUCCACCUUCCAACAUGUUUUUUCAGAGAUGGGAGGAAACCUGGAGAACCCAGAGGAGAGAACCUGUGAGCCUCUAUAAUAAAUUGGAGCUGUGACCUGGCAGUUCUACCUACUGACCUAACGUCGCCAUAUUAUUAUUAUUAUUAUUAUCAUUAUUAUUACUUUGUCAAGAAGGCAAUGAAAAGCAUACAGUACGUUAAAGUGAUCAAUGUCACAUUUUUAACUCUUAAUAAGAUGUACAAUACGUUUGUUUUUUAUUUAUCUCUCUAUUUACAAAGCUCUGAUGACAGCACGCUUCAAGUCAUUUCUAAGCUGCUGCUACUUCUACAUGAUAAGCUGCUUGAGCUCACCUUCAUAUCGUAUAUACACUCACUGGUCACUUUAUUAGGUACACCCGUUCAUUCAUCAUUCAGACACAAGUCAAGCGCUUCAGUUAAUGUUCACAUGCAACAUCAGAAUGCGGACCAGAGGUGAAGAUUUGUAAAACGAUUGUCUUUUUGCAGUCUUUUUAACUGUAACCUUAAAUCCUGUUCUGUUUCUGCUCCCCACGGUUGUGAAGAGUUGUUAUUUGAGUUACCAUAGCCUUCAUCAGCUCCUUUAUUCAUCAGUUUGAAAUAGUUUGACCACUACAUUAAGACCCAGUCUGGUGAUUCUACUUCGAACUCUCAACAACAAGGUGAUAUAUUCUGUUCACUCAGGUUUCUUCUCCGAGUGAACCCGAAAAUUCUAACACAAGGUGAGGUGCCUACAGAACUGCUGCUUACGGACACACUAGAGAUUGAUAAUCCCAGGACAUCAGCAGCUUCUGAAAUCCUCAUAUUACCCUGUCUGGCACCAACAACCAUGUCAUGUUCAGUCACUGAAAUGACAUUUCCCCCUAUUCUGAUAUUUGUUAUGAUGAUUAACUGAAGCUCUUGAUUGUCCUGAUGGUUAAUUGAUAAUUGAUUGGUUUUGUUAUUUUAAGCUUUAAGUAUCAUAGCACUCCUCACUCUUAUAGCAGACUUAUUAUUACAGUGUUUGAUGUAACAAUCUUUUUUAAAGGUUUGUUUUAGAUAAUAUUGUAAAUGUGUCACAUUUUUGUUGUUGAAA